AUGGUGUCUAGACUGCAACCGUUUCUAGCUGACUUGGUGGCUCCAAACCAGUCAGUAUUUGUGGAAGAUAGGUUGAUCUCCGACAACAUCUUGAUCGCCCAUGAAGCUGUCCAUGCUCUGAGAACGGAUCCGUCUGUGUCUACAGAGUUUCUAGCGGUUAAAACAGAUAUGUCGAAGGCCUAUAAUAGAGUUGAGUGGGGGUAUGUUGAAGCCUUACUGAGAGCGUUGGAUUUUGAUCAUAGGUGGAUUGAGUUGGUGAUGUACUGUAUCUCUUCAGUCACUUACUCGAUCCUCAUUAAUGGUCAAAUAUGGGAAUUUGGAUCAAGCAUCUCUAGGAUCCAAGCCCUCUUUUGGAUGGAGAAGACUAAUGUAUGGAAAAGAGCUCUUGGACAAGGGACUGAAGUGGAUGAUUGGAGAUGGGGACGAUAUCUUAAUUUGGAUUACCCCACGGAUUGA